AUGCCCAAACGGUCCGAGGAGAUGCUGACAGACGUGUGGACUUCCUUGUUGCUUGUGUGGAUUACGUGUGUUCCUUAUACAUCCAUGACCCCCAUCAUCAGCCAGUCCAAAAGUUUACAAACUGGUUCCACUGCAAUCCUACGUGGCCUCGUCGAAGGACAAAGAAUACUUAGUCGAGCCAAGAGAGGAUGGGUUUGGAAUCAAAUGUUUGUGUUGGAGGAGUUCUCUGGACCAGAUCCAAUUCUAGUUGGCAGGCUACACACAGAUUUGGAUGUUGGCAGCACACCAAUAAAGUAUGUCCUGGCUGGCGAAGGGGCGGGUACCAUCUUUGCCAUCAAUGAGAUUACGGGAGAUAUUCAUGCCAUGAAGAGACUGGACAGAGAGGAGAAGGCAGAGUACACUCUUACAGCACAAGUCACUAACAGAGACACCGAUCAACCCCUGGAACCGCCCUCGGAGUUCAUCAUAAAAGUGCAGGAUAUCAACGACAAUCCGCCACAGUUCGUUGAAGGCCCCUACCGGGCCUCUGUCCCAGAGAUGUCUCAAGUGGGUACCUCAGUCACUAGGGUGACGGCAACAGACGCAGAUGACCCAGUCUAUGGAAACAGUGCUAAACUUGUGUACAGCAUACUGGAAGGACAGCCCUACUUCUCCAUAGACCCCAACACUGCGAUUAUUAAAAUUGCUUUACAUGGGAUGGAUCGAGAGAUGCGAGAGGAGUACCUGGUCGUCAUUCAAGCAAAAGACAUGGGUGGUCAUAUGGGAGGGUUGUCAGGGACAACAACAGUUACUGUCACACUAACAGAUGUCAACGAUAACCCGCCAAAGUUCUCAAAAAGUCUGUACGAGUUUGUGAUCCCAGAGGAGCUUGGCAUUGGUAAACCUGGUGGCAAGGUAAAGGCAAAUGAUAGGGACAUUGGCGAGAACGCCAAAUCAACGUACAGCAUCAUUGACGGUGAUGAGAAGGACGUCUUCGAGAUCAUUACAGAUGCCCAGACUCAAGAGGGGAUCCUUCGUCUGAAGAAGCCCCUGAACUUCGAGACUAAAAAGUCAUAUACACUGAAGGUGGAGGCGGCCAACAUUCGAUUUGAUCCCAACAGUGGCGCCCCCUUCAAGGAUACAGCCACGGUGAAGAUUGCAGUGGAAGAUUCAGAUGAACCCCCUGUCUUCUCCAAGCCCACAUUUGUCCUGCAGGUGGAUGAGAAUGCCCCCAUCAACACGGUUAUAGGAACAGUCACAGCCCGCGAUCCUGAUGUCACUGGCAGUCUAGUCAGGUACUUUAUUGAUCGCCACACCGAUCUGGAGAGGCAGUUCAAUAUUAACGUAGACGAUGGGAAGAUAACGUUGGCCAAACCGCUGGACCGAGAGACAGAUGUGUGGCACAACAUCACAGUAACAGCCACUGAAAUCAGAAACCACAGCCAGAUAUCACGGGCUAUCGUGGCCAUCCGAGUGCUGGACAUAAAUGACAACGCCCCAGAGUUUGCGACGGAAUACGAGGCUUUCCUCUGUGAAAAUGGCAAACCUGGCCAGGUGAUACAGACGGUCAGUGCUGUCGACAAGGAUGACCCAAUACAGGGACACUACUUUGAAUACCGCCUCAUCCCAGAGAUGCUAAACAAUCCUAAUUUCACGAUAAAAAACAACGGAGACAACUCCAUCAGUGUUUUAGCCAAGCAUGACACCUUCCGGCGCCAGAAACAGGAGGUGUAUUUCCUGCCCAUAAUUGUGACUGACAAUGGAAAUCCUCCAAUGAGCAGCACUAACACAUUGACCAUCCGGGUGUGUGGAUGCAGCAGGGAGGGAAUAGUCCAGUCAUGCAACGUGGAGGCCUAUGUCCUACCCAUUGGCCUCAGCAUGGGAGCUUUGAUUGCCAUUCUCGCCUGCAUAAUACUACUUUUAGUUAUAGUGGUGCUGUUUGUGACGCUGAGAAGACACAAGAACAAGCCACUUAUCAUCAAAGAUGACGAAGAUGUGAGGGAGAACAUCAUCCGGUAUGAUGAUGAGGGGGGUGGAGAAGAAGACACCGAGGCCUUCGACAUUGCCACACUGCAGAACCCUGAUGGAAUCAAUGGUUACCUGCCCCGCAAGGAUAUCAAGCCAGACCUGCAGUUCAUGCCAAGGCAGAGUGGUGGUCCUAACGGUGUGGAUGUGGAUGAGUUCAUCAAUGUCAGACUCCACGAGGCGGACAACGACCCCACAGCCCCUCCCUACGACUCAAUUCAGAUCUAUGGCUAUGAGGGCCGGGGCUCCAUUGCUGGGUCCCUGAGCUCCCUCGAGACUGCAUCCUCAGACUCAGACCAGAACUAUGACUACCUCAGAGAGUGGGGUCCGCGUUUCAGAAGACUUGGGGAGCUCUACUCAGUGGGUGAAAGUGAUAAGGAGACUUGA